GUGCAAAUCAGCGAUCCGUCAGUCGAAAAAAUUUGCGCGAGGCGUCGUGUUAUUUGUUUUCUAAUACGUUUUGGUGAUAAUUUUCGGCAAAUUGUUACAAAAAUCAUUCAAAACCCUAAAUUUUAACUGCAAAGCAAUGUCCAAACGCACCGCAUCGGAAGUGGCCGAAGAGGACAACUACCUGGACGAUCUGGUAAGGGAUCAGCAGAGCAAUCGGCCGUCCACCAGCAAGCACACGCUCGACUCGGACGAAGAGGACAGCGGCGACGACGACGAGGCUCAGUACAAUGUCCUGGAUGGAAAUGAUAUCGAGGGCGAAGAGGACGGUAUUUCCCGCGUUGACGACGAGGUGAAAAUCACCCCGUUCAACAUGAAAGAGGAAAUGGAGGAAGGUCAUUUCGAUGCAGAUGGACACUACUUGUGGAAGAAAGGGGCGGAGAUCCGGGACAACUGGUUGGAUAACAUCGAUUGGGUCAAAAUUAAGAACGAUCCAAACUAUAAGGAGAAAAAGGAAGACGAGUUGAAAGGGUUGGCCGACUCUGAUUCGGAUGACGAAGAAGACGAGAAAGCCAAAGGAUUUGAUUCAGCGAAAACGUAUGAAAACAUUUUGGGCAUGAUGGAACCUAAGGAAACUAUAAAGAAGGCUCUGCAGAGAAUUGGUAAAAAGACAGCGAAACUGACGACGGCACAACGUUGGAAGAUGAAAAAAGCUGGAACUUUGGAUGACUCCAGUGAAAAGGUUACCCGCUUGACCGAACUCGCCAAUGAGAUUCUUACACGGGAGGGCAAUAUGGACAUUUACGAUGAAACCUACGAGAUGAUACAGAAAAAGGUAAAUGAUUCCAAAUCGGUGCCGGCCAAGGAUGAACUGGACAUGUACGCGGAUGACUUCGACAGUAAGGAACAAAGCAAACUAAAAGACGAUGAUCCGAAGGAGUCUUCUUCAAGUGAUGCUCAGCCUUCCACAUCCACCAGCAGUAAUCAAGAGAGUGAAAAGAAAGACGUGCUUAUGUGGGAGUACAAGGAACAACAGGAGGCAGAGCAAAUACAUGGUCCGUUCAAUACGGAACAGAUGCAAAAAUACGCUGACGAAGGUCGGUUUAGUAGCGGAGCUUUUGUCAGGAAGGUAGGUGCUGAAGAUUCAAGAUUUUACUCUGCUGCCAGAAUUGAUUUCGAUUUGUAUUUGUAAGCCCGCUUAAUACAGCAUGUUCUAGAUGAUAA